CCCUUCCCUCCCCUCUCUUUCUUUCUCUUGCUCUCCUCGGCCCAUUCCAGUUCUCUCCUCUCCUCCCUGCGGUUGUGAGUGUGUUUUUGGUUGAGCGAUGUGUUGUUCGGUGGGUUUCGCCAGGUCUCUGGGUCUGGCCCUGCUGCCCCUGGCCCUCUGCUGUAUCCUUGCCAACCUACUGCUCCUGUUUCCCAUGGGACAAGUCACCUACAUCCAGCAGGACCGCCUGGCCAGCUACAUCUGGUACUUUGGUGGACUAGGAGGAGGUGGAGUGCUGAUGCUGUUUCCAGCUGUGGUCUUCAUAACUCUGGGGAAAUGUAGCUGCUGCUGGAAUGAGAGUGUAGUGAUGUGCGGGUCAGUGUUGACAGCUGUGGUCGGCAUGGUGGGGUCUGGCUACUGUUUCAUCAUGUCAGGAUUCGCCUUGGUGCAGGGCCCCCAGUGCUUCACUUCUUAUGGCUGGUCGUAUCCGUUUGCAGACCAGGGGGGCAGGUAUCUCUUACAACCAGAGACUUGGUCACGGUGUCUUCAGCCGGUUCAUAUCGUAGAGUGGAACGUGACUCUGCUGUGUGUGCUACUGGGCCUGGCUCUGCUGGAGUUCAUCAUCUGUCUCUUACAGCUGGGAAACGGUUUGGUCAACGCCGUCUGCCGGCCCUGUUGCUACAAGCAGGAGUAUAGUCUAAAUGCUUAGAUCUUAAGACACAUACAUACGUGUAUGUAGACUCACCUGCUGAGAGUCACACACUCGAUAUGUAUGCAUACAUACAGGACAUUAAUGGAUACAUGCAUACGCGGAAGUCUGCACACACAGCUUUAUAGCCCAGCACCAACCUUACUUAAACAGACUGACCUACAGUACACAUGCAGUAUCUUGGACACUUGACUGCCGUGUCAGUAUAUUUGCUACACUUUCAAGCGUUUAAUGUGCCUUUUAAAUUAGAAAAAAUCUCUAUACUGUCCUUGAUGAGGAUGAUGAUUUUUAUUAUUAUGAUGAGUUUUUCUGGUGCAGCCAGUCUCAACAUUUCAAAAGCAACAGGUUAUUAGGACAUAAUAACAAACAUGUGUGUUUGUGUCUUGAAUACUCAUACUAAAGACAAAGUAGAGCAUCCUUGAUUAAAACAAUAAUAUUAGGUAUACGGUUUCACUGAAGUAAGUAACAGUGUGUGAAACUUUCAUAUGCUUUCACAUAAGAGGAUAAAAAGUGACAACUGUUCACUUACUUCAUGAAAGCUAUAUUCUCAAUGUUGAGGUCGCUCGCUUUCUUUAUUAACAUUAUUGAUUGUAUACUUUCUAUACCUUCAUAAAGCCGACAUUUACACUACCGUUUUUGUUGCGUGAACAGAUGAUACACUGAUUUAAAUUAAUGUCGUUAUACUAGAAUACUUAAGAUACCAGGCUUGUAUUGUUUGAAAAUGAUGGAAAGGGCAUAAGCUCUUAUGUCCUUGCAAGAAGAGAUGCUCAUUUCCAUUAUUUAGUUGUUUAGUAACAUCUUGGCUGACAUGAUUAUCUUGAUGCACCAGGAAGUGUUCUUUCUGUCCAGUUUGAUACUUGUGGUUCCAACAUGUAUAAGCUGUGUUGGAUCACCUAAGGAUUAAAAGCAGUUUUUUUUUUGUUUUUUUUUCUUUGUACAUUUGUUUUAAUUUUCAGAGCAUUCUGUUGUAAAUUGUUUUCUUCACAUCUUUCACAUGCUAGAUCAGUGUUAAUGGACAAAUUAUAUAUUUUAGUGACAUAUUUUUAUAAUGUAUGGCUGUUUGUGCUGCCUUGAAUAAAUAAAAAAGACUAUUUCCAUUUUAA